AUGGGUAAAUGGAGCUCCGAAUACCAUGAAGUAGUCCUUGCUUCGAAGAUGGGGGCGUUAGUGCAGGGCGCUAUAAAACGUCUGAAGCUGGAGAAGCAGGAACCUAUCAUCAGCUAUGAGAACUUCAUCCAGGAGCUCGACGGAGGGGACUCUUUCACCGCCUCAAUGGUAGAGAUACUCGUUAGGGAAUUGUCAGACAGGCGGAAUAGAGGGACUGCCGCCGACUGCAGGCUUAUAGCAGAUAAGACUGCGAAGAAUCUGCGCCUCCUGGCCACACCCCUUCGGAUUUACCGUGACACAACGGCGGGCGUCCGGCAUCACGGUAGAAGGAAUGUCCAUUUGACAGAUUACUUGUCGGUACCCCCAGAGGAGAUGGAGAUGGAUGACGACGACGACGAAUUCGAGAGUAUGCUAAACGGCGUGAUGGAAGGUUCUAGGAUGAAUCCAGAGCUGUACGAGGCUAUUGGGGGUGCGCACUCAUGGACACACCCAGAGCCUCGACGACUGCACCGCUCGUAUUCGGCUGUUCUUGCGAGGACAGACGAACCUUCUCAAUUGACACUUCCAUCUCUCCCUUCGCCGCCUGCAAUGACUAGUCGGCCAUCUACGUCUACGUGGUCGAUUCCCGUUGUCUCCCCGCGUCAAUCAUCCUCCCGCCGACCACAACGCAGCAGAACCGGCGAUUUCAGCGACUUCACUUCCCGCCGCCGUUCAAUCACUCGCGAAGCAAUAGGCUCUCGGUCUGACGAUCCUGAUGUCGCUGACAUCCCGGCUCAUGACACGGGUUAUACUAGUAGAAGUUCACAAUCCGCCGCACGUCGUUUCUUCCCCUUCAGUAGAGUGCGACGUAACGAGUCUUCAACGACGUCAAGCUCCAACCAUGCACAAUCAUCUCCAUGGAGUGAGCUUUUAGAGCAUGAACUUACUGUGGACUAUGGCGGCGCUGCCGAACCAAGUCCCUCAAGUGCCGCUUGGUUGUCCCUCCCUACACCGAGUGCUUCGACAUCGUCCCAGCAGGACGGUGCUGAUACGGAAACCCGCGAAGAUGACGCUGGGGCAACCCCAAGAUUACGCCGUGGUGGUGUUCGUGCCCCCGAGUCUCUGUUGGCCCGACAUUCAUCCCCAAUCACCAUCCUCAAUCCCGUCAAUGUGCGGAUCUCUGCUUCUCAAACCAGCGAAAAUGAAGUUAGCGAGCAUCUUGCAGAAGAUACAGCAACGUAUCCAACCCCUGGAUCAACGGACAACGAGACAGGACCCUCCGUUUCCGCUUAA